CCAAAACAAACACAGAUGACACUGCACAGCACACACUAACGGAGACAACCUCACUGGAUUCAAAUCCUGUUCUGUGUUUUUCUGAACAAAGGCCCGAGCCCUCAACACUAUGGCCGCAGACAUUAAGAUGCUCUUCUGCGUUUGGUAUGCAGUCGUAUUAACAGGUGUGGGGGAGUCCACCAUUAUAGGAAAGAGCCAUAGUGGAGGAAAAGACGAUCCUGUGCUGCAGUAUGUAGUUAACAACUCUCUGAGGGAGCAUCCGGUCCUGACCCAACUCAGACUGGCUGGAGUUGAACAAAAGAUAGACAUACGACUUCAAACAGCAAUGAAGACUCUGAAUGAACUUAUAGUGGCUGGAGAAGCUGGAACAUACGACUUCGUGUUCAUUGAUGCCGACAAAUCAACCUAUGACGAAUACUAUGAGAAGUCCCUGGAGCUCAUACGAAAAGGAGGCAUAAUUGCAAUCGACAAUCACCGCGGACAGCUCCGUUCUGCACACGGGGCAGAUGGAGGAGGACAUAAAAGCCCUCGCGGAGUCUCCCCUGCACCACAGACCCCUGUCGACGGCCCGAGGUCCGGCAUGGAUAGCAGGUACGACACCCCCCACAGAGGUGCACUAUAUGCACAACACAAGCCGAGAGCGUCCGGAUCGGAAACCAGCCUUGUGACGAGGAGGACGCCCACGGACAUCAAUUCGACCAUGCCACUAUCCGGAAAGCUCAAUGAGAAAGAACUGAUGCACGGGCUGAACGAUCGCCUUGCCGGAUUCAUAGACAAGGUGCACCAGCUGGAGCAUCAGAAUCAUCAGCUGGAGAGGGAAAUAGAAGAAAUCAGAGGGAAGGCGAAACCCGCAUCCUGCUUGGAGGAGGAGUAUGGACAAGAGCUCAAGAGACUCAGGCAGCUUGUUCAAGACAUCACCCGCCAGAAGCAUCAGAUUGAGAUCGAGCAUCAGAAUUUAGAGGAAGAGCUCUCCAGCUUGAGAGGCCAGUAUGAGCGGGAAGCGCGGAGCAGAUCAGAUGCCGAGGGCAGCAUCAUGGUCAUCAAGAGGGAUAUUAACGACGCUUAUCAGGCUAAACUGCAGCUGGACAAGAAAGCGCAGUCCCUCGUGGAUGAAAUGGACUUCCUCAAGAAAAAUCACGAGGACGAGGUUUCGGAGAUGUUCGAACAAAUCAAGAAUGCGCAGGUUCAUGUGAGAGAGCCCGAAUUUGGCCACCCUGACAUCACUGCGGCACUCCGCGAAAUAAGGGCCCAGCUGGAAGGUCAGACCGUGUCCGACGUGCAGCUGAAGGGAGAGAGUUUCCGAUCCCAGUUUGCAAGAUUAACAGAGGCAGCCGAAGCCAAAAGAGAGGCUUUGAAAGCGACCCAACAAGAGAUCCAGAAAUCCAGGAGGCGCUUGCAGAGCAAAAACGUGGAGCUGGACUGCGCUAAAGGCACCAGAGAAGCGCUGGAGAAACAACUUCACGAUAUAGAGGAUCGCCACAAGGAGGAAGUUAUUCACUACCAGAAUACAAUCAAAGAGCUUGAAAAUGAGCUCAUAAACUGCAAAUUUGAUAUGUCUGGCUAUCUGCGGGAGUACCAGGAUCUCUUAAAUGUGAAAAUGGCUUUGGACGUGGAGAUAUUGUCCUACAGGUAA